CCCACGAAACGCAACGGACAGCUGUCUAUAAAGUGGAAACAAAUCAAUAAUCUCUGAUAAACUUUGAUCCAAAGGCAAAUCUAAAAGAAACAGUUACCGAUCGCCGGCUCUUUGUGACUCUCUAUUCUGUUCCAAAAGCUUGCAAAAAAAAAAAAAAAACAGUGAAAGACUUUUUCAAUUUUAAUUGUUUUAUUUUAAAGUGUUUGUUUUUUAAGUGUGGUGUUAACGAGUGAUUUGGUGUACAUGGUGCCGGUUGUAAAAAUUCUUCAAAAUCAAGUCUGUCUUGGCCAGGCCAAAGAACAAUUAAAAGCAACGGAUCACAAUGGAAGAUUUGAAAAGGGAGAUUCCAGUGGGCGAAGAGCCCUCGAAACUGGAGACCGGCGGGAGCGUCGAGCCUUUGAUCAAAAUAUUACCGCUUCCGAUGGCAUUGGAAUCGUCUGAAAUGCUGCCGGAUCAGAAGCCGCGUGAUAAUUGGGGAAACUCGCUGGAGUUUCUCAUGUCCUGUAUUGCUCUGAGCGUUGGCCUGGGAAAUGUCUGGCGUUUUCCCUUUACUGCUCUGGAAAAUGGAGGGGGAGCCUUUCUGGUUCCCUACCUUAUAGUCCUGUUUCUGGUGGGGAAACCGAUUUACUACAUGGAAAUGCUGCUGGGUCAGUUUUCCAGUCGAGGAAUCGUGCAGGUCUUUGAUUUUGCGCCCAUGAUGAGGGGUGUGGGCUAUGCUCAGCUGCUGGCUCUGGGCGUCUUGGCCACGUACUAUGCCUCCGUGAUGGCCUUGACACUGCGUUAUUUCUUCGACUCCUUCGCAUCGGAGCUGCCGUGGAGCUAUUGCCGCGAGGAGUGGGGUCCAGGAUGUGUCAAUGCCACCGGAGAGGCUGCAGUUAUUGCACCAUCUGUCCUGACUGCGAACUUCACCAUCAGUUCUUCCACGCAGCUGUACCUGGAGCGCAUUGUGCAGAGGAAGACCGAUACGCUGGAGGAUGGAAUCGGUUAUCCCAGUGGCACCCUGGCCCUGAUGCUGGGUCUCUCCUGGCUGACAGUGACCCUGGUUAUCAUUCGGGGCGUAAAGAGUUCCGGCAAGGCGGCCUAUGUCCUGGCUCUGUUCCCAUACGUCGUCAUGUUUAUCCUGCUGGUGAGGGCCCUUACCCUGCCGGGUGCCUACGAUGGCGUGAUGUAUUUCCUUACGCCGCAAUGGCACAAGCUAAUGGAGCCGAUGGUUUGGUAUAAUGCCGUCACCCAGGUAUUCUUCUCGCUGGCCGUCUGCUUUGGCGUGAUCAUCAUGUAUUCCUCCUACAAUCGCUUUGGGCAUAAUAUCUAUAGGGAUGCCAACAUUGUGACCACUUUGGACACCUUUACCUCCCUUUUAUCGGGUGUAAUCAUCUUUGGUAUCCUGGGAAAUUUGGCACACGAGUCAAACACCAAGGAUAUUGCCAGUGUGGUGAAGGCAGGUCCUGGCCUGGCAUUCAUUUCCUAUCCGGAUGCCAUCUCCAAGUUGACCGUCUUUCCACAGUUUUUCUCACUGCUCUUUUUUGCUAUGCUUUUCAUGCUGGGAGUGGGCAGCAAUGUGGGAAUGGUCAGUUGCAUUAUGACCGUCAUUAAGGAUCAGUUUGUGAAUCUCAAGAUCUGGAUAAUUGUGGUGGGUCUAUCUACGAUUGGAUUCCUGGUUGGUUUGAUCUACAUUACUCCCGGUGGAGAGCACUUUAUCACGCUGCUGGAUUACCAUGGCGUGACCUUUGUGUCCCUGGUUUCGGCCAUCUUUGAGUUGAUUGCCGUGGGCUGGAUCUAUGGCACCAAGAGGCUUUGCCAGGAUGCGGAGUACAUGCUGAACAUCAAGACUUCCGUAUAUUAUAGGAUAUGUUGGUCCAUAGUCACCCCUUUGACCAUGAUCAUCAUCCUUGCCUACACUUUGCUCACCAUGAAACCGCUCACCUACAACGAUCGUGAAUUUCCCCUUGGUUUUCGGCUUAUUGGUUGGGCUCUGACUACCUUUAUACUCGGCCAGCUUGUCUACUGGGCCUUGUAUGCCAAUUGUAAACAGCCCAAAGGUUCGCUAAGGAGCAGGAUUUCUAAUUCCUUGAAGCCGCAUUCCGAUUGGGGACCUCUGGACUCCAAGACGCUGAUGGACUACCAGAUGUUCCUGCGGAACAGAGAGGAGGUGGAAGCCACAGGAGUCCCACGUCGCAGCUUUUGUUACAAAAUUUACGAUCGAAUUUUUGGCUAGGCCAGCAGGGUUUUAUAUAAUUCUAUAUAUCACAUUCUGUUUGUAUGUAAGGCAUAGUUCCUUUUUGAUAGUGUAUAAGUGUACUUAAUCCGUUUUAUUUACACAUUUAUUUAUUCAAAGUGAAAUCAAAACCAAAUUCAAUUUCUCGAAAUAUUGCUUUUAAAACCGUUCCGGUUCGCUAUUACAUAUAUAUUUUUCUAUUGUAGUUUCUCGUAUUGUAACAUUAAUUCCUAAUUGGAAAUUUUGUAUUCAGCCAGUGUGCGGCAUCAUAAUUGUUCCUAAUAUAUUUUGUACACACUUUUAUUUAUUCAAAA